UCGAGGAAGGGUUGUUUUAAGUGUGGCAAUCUCGGCCACAUCGCCGAGAACUGCUCCUCUGAGCAGCGUCUCUGCUACAACUGUCGCCAACCCGGGCAUGAGUCGUCUGCUUGCCCUUCGCCCCGUACUGUCUCUAGCAAGCAAUGUUAUUCGUGCGGAGGCGUCGGUCACAUUCAGGCCGAGUGUCCCAGCUUGCGCGUUCAAGGCGGUAAUCAGAAAUGCUACAACUGUGGUCGUUUUGGUCACAUCGCUCGUGUUUGCCCCGGUGGUGCUGGUCUUCCCGGAGGCCUUGGCGGUGCUAUGGGCUUCGCUACUCGUGCUCCACCCCCCGGACGCGGUCUGAACACCUCUGCCCUCCCCCCCGUCAAGUGCUACCGCUGCGGUGGUCCAAACCAUAUGGCUAGGGACUGUCUUGCCGCUGCCGGCACGGAUGGCGCUGCGAUCAACGGUGGAGGAGCUGGCGGAGGCUUCACCAAGAGCAAGACCUGCUACAAAUGCCAGCAGGAGGGUCACGUAUGUCGC